UAUAAGAAGGCCGAAAAGGAAAAAGAAAGUAAAAAAACUGCUACUCUAUUUAUCACAAAUCUCGAAUAUCAGCUUACUCCCACUCCUCCAUUGCCAAAACUCCAAUAACAACAUCUAAAUGUAAACAAUCUCCUUCUUCAUUUCUCCAUUUUUAUCCUCCAAAAUUUCUUAGUGGUCUAAAUAAACCCUCCAUUUUAAUUUUCUGUAGUUCUUGAUCUGGGAUUUUGGUUUUAUCAAUGGCUGACAUAGUUAAACAGAUCUUGGCAAAGCCAAUCCAACUAGCUGAUCAAGUAACAAAAGCUGCAGACGAAGCAAGUUCAUUUAAACAAGAAUGUGCAGAUAUCAAAUCCAAAACAGAAAAACUAGCAUCACUUCUCCGUCAAGCAGCACGCGCUAGCAACGAUCUUUACCAACGACCAACAAAACGAAUCAUUGAAGAUACUGAGCAAGUCCUCGAAAAGGCGCUGUCCAUCGUCGUAAAAUGCAGAGCUAACGGGCUCGUGAAACGGGUUUUUACUAUCAUCCCUGCUGCUGCUUUUCGAAAAAUGACUUCUCUGUUGGAGAAUUCAAUUGGUGAUGUGUCGUGGCUACUACGAGUUUCGGCUUCAGCUAAUGAACGUGCUGAUGAGUAUUUGGGACUGCCGCCUAUUGCUGCUAAUGAACCUAUUCUGUGUUUGAUUUGGGAACAGAUUGCCAUUUUGUAUACAGGUUCGUUGGAUGAGAGAUCAGAUGCGGCUGCAUCGUUGGUUUCGUUGGCUCGGGAUAAUAAUCGGUAUGGGAAAUUGAUCAUUGAAGAAGGUGGAGUCGGACCCUUGUUGAAAUUGUUGAAAGAAGGGAAAUUGGAAGGUCAGGAGAAUGCUGCUAAGGCAAUUGGACUUCUUGGAAAUGAUCCUGAAAGUGUCGAACACAUGGUACACGCUGGUGUUUGCUCAACGUUCGCGAAAAUCCUGAAAGAAGCUCCAAUGAAAGUUCAGUCAGUAGUGGCAUGGGCAGUUGCUGAGCUCUCUGAACAUUAUCCGAAAUGUCAAGAUCUUUUUCAGCAGCAUAAUAUAGUCCGGUUACUGGUUAGCCAUCUCGCGUUUGAGACUGUCCAAGAACAUAGCAAGUAUGCUAUAGUCAGCAAAGCCACUUCGAUUCACGCUGUUGUUUUGGCUAGUAAUAUCAAUAGCAAUGUGAAUAGCCCGAUCAAGGUGAACGACGAUGAUGACAAGAAUUGUCCCACUCCACAUCCUUUGGGAAAUAAGAAGCCGAAUCAGAUGCAUAAUGUGAUUACCACUACUAUGUCAAUGAAAGGUCUAACGAAGGCGUAUCAGCAAAAUCUUGUCAAUGGUGUGAACCAGAUUUUCAAUCAGGGCAAGAUUAAAGGAAACAAUGGUCUGAAGCAAAAUCAUGUCAAUCAUCAACAUCAGCAUAUUGUUUCGUCGAAUGGGGUGAGUAGUAACAAAGGUAGAGAAAAUGAGGAUCCUGCUACCAAAGCUUAUAUGAAGGCGAUGGCUGCACGAGCAUUAUGGCAACUCGCCAAGGGAAAUUCCUCUAUUUGUCGUAGCAUUACUGAAUCGAGGGCGUUGCUUUGCUUUGCAGUACUAUUAGAAAAAGGAACUGAAGAUGUUAAGUACAAUUCGUCGAUGGCAGUAAUGGAGAUUACAUCAGUAGCAGAACAGAAUGCUGAUUUGAGAAGAUCGGCAUUCAAGCCUAAUACAACAGCAUGCAAAGCUGUUGUUGAUCAAUUGCUGAGAAUAAUUGAAAAAGGAGAUUCAGAUUUACUUAUUCCAUGUAUUAAAUCUAUCGGGAAUUUAGCUAGGACUUUUCGAGCAACAGAGACGAGGAUGAUUAGUCCGUUAGUAAAGCUGCUCGACGAAAGAGAAACAGCAGUUUCUAAGGAAGCUGCUAUGGCCCUUACAAAAUUUGCUGGUUCAGAUAACUACCUUCACUUAGAUCAUUCAAAGGCAAUUAUAAGCGCGGGAGGGGCGAAUAAAUUGAUACAACUUGUUUACUUUGGUGAACAAAAAGUUCAGAGUCCAGCAUUGCUUCUACUAUGCUACAUUGCGUUGCACGUUCCUGAUAGCGAAGCGCUUGCUCAAGCUGAGGUGCUUACAGUGCUCGAAUGGGCUUCGAAAAAUACGUACUUGAGCCAACAUGAAAAGGUGGAGAAAAUGUUGCAGGAAGCAAAGAGUAGGCUGGAACUUUAUCAGUCUAGAGGAUCAAGGGGAUUUCAUUAAUUGUAACAGUGACUAAAUAAUGUGCAGCAUUUGUAUGUUAUUAGAUGAAAUUUUCUGUUGUUUUGGAUUUUGUUUUGAUGACCUUUGGUCAGGAAAUGUACAUAAGAUGUGUCCUUUUAACCUUGGUCCAGUUGUGGAAAAUAAGCCCCUAAUUAAAUCACCAUUGAUGUGUUGUAAUUUUUUAGCUCCAAGAUAUGUGCAAAUAUUUUGCUGUAAUGACAAA